AGUGCAGUAUUUACAGUGCAGUAUUUACAGUGCUUUCUGUAGGUGAAUGUGGCUUUAAGAGAGGAGCAGGUGGGUGUUUCCUCACUAAGCAAAACAAGCUUCUGCAGAGCGCCUGCUGUUUUCUCCUGCAGAAAAAGAACAGCACUGUAAAUCGCCAAAUUGAGCUAAAUAAAGCUAAUAUUAGUGUUUGUUAUAAACGUUUAGAAUAAUAUGCUUCAGCUGAAUGACACGGUGGAGCCGGAGAGUCCAGGGGCUGCGGUUCUUCCCGCCGCCGGGGUUGAGGACGCGCUCGACGGGCUGGAGGUGGCGUUCAGUCCGGGGCCUGAGGCCCAAUCUGUCCUCGGCUUCGGAGCUGCUGUAGCCUGCUGCUCUCCGCUCCAAAAACUCACGCCUUUUCACGUCCACAACCCAACCAUCCGUGCGAAAGUGAAGGAUUACUUCGUGUUUAGGCCAGGAACCAUAGAGCAGGCGGUGAACGAUAUCCGCACAGUGGCUUUGCCUUCAGAAGAUGGCGAGGUCCUGAGUGUGUGGCUCUUAGCAGAAGUUGAUCACUGGAACAAUGAAAAGGAGAGACUGGUGCUCAUAACCGAGAGGUCCCUUCUGGUUUGCAAAUAUGACUUCAUAAACUUGCUGUGUCAGCAGGUCAUCAGAAUUUCCUUAAACGCUGUGGACACCAUUUCAGUUGGAGAGUUUGAGUUUCCCCCAAAAUCUCUGAAUAAGAGAGAGGGCAGUGGUGUUCGUGUGCAUUGGGAUAAACGGCCGAGGCCUUCUUUCCUAAACCGGUGGAACCCCUGGUCCACUGACAUGCCUUAUGCCACCUUCACAGAGCACCCCAUGGCCCAUGCUGAUGAAAAGGUGGCUUCCCUUUGCCAGCUGGACAACUUUAAAACUCAGCUGAUCCAGGCGGUAAAGAGAGCUCAUAAGGAGUUUCCCAUCCCGGGCCGGUCUAACGGGGUGCUGCUGCUGGAGCGGCCGCUGCUCAUCGAGACCUACCUGGGCAUCAUGUCCUUCAUCAACAACGAGGCCAAACUGGGUUACUCCAUGACCAGAGGCAAAAUCGGCUUCUAGUUCUUCAUCGCUAACCUGCAUUGUUGCACUUGAAUAUGUCGAGCUCCAUGAAUCCCUUUUGUGUUGCUUGCCGGAUUUCAGUGGGGUGUGAAGCGUGCCCUUCUUCACGCCCCCAGUGUGACUCGCUGGCUCCUCAGCAUGUGCCUGGAAGCAUCCGAUGCCAACAUUGAUGCCCCUUUACUGGGCUUGUGCCAUCCCGCUUCAUUGUUAUGUCCCACUCUACUAAGUGUUUUUUUUUUUUUUUUUUUAAACAGUAUGUUGAUGUGGGAUUUGGAGUGUGUGAUGCUGGUGCAUUUUAUACGUAGCAGUAGUGGAAUAGGAUGAAAUAUUUGCCGUAAUGACCUUAGGUAUUAGCCAUUAAAAAAAUGCCAGUUUAGUAUGUAACUCACCAUGUUCCUUUAUUAACACGCUUGGUAAGGUGUUCAGAUUAAUGAUGGGGACAGACUAAUAGAAAACGUUAAUUGUCAGUGAACAGCUGAAUAGCCAUAAUUUCAGUAUUCCUCUAACAGCAGAAAACAUACACACAGGUUUUUUUUUAUUGCAUAUAGCAGAGGUGCCAAUAUCUAUGGUUUAGCCUAAGCAUUUUGACCUGUUGCUACGACGAUCUUAUGAGCCAGUAGAAUCCAAGAAAAUGUGAGUGUGGUCUCUUUGGCUGGUAAAAAAAAAAAAAAAAAAAAAAGGAACUGCCUCUAUUUAUGAAUUAGCAGUCACACCAACAGCCUUGCUGUUUUCUUACUGUUGCUUGGUGCACAUCUGGACAACAAAAACAAAUUAGCUAGCUAACUUUACCCCAACAUACUCUCCAAAAUCACACGGACCAUCAGUACACUGUAUAAAGCUUACGCACUCAGCAGGUUGCUAAAUCCAAACAUUUCUGCCAACAGUUCUAUAUCAGUUCAACUGAUGCUGUUCGCAUGGAGCCAUCCUGUCCACUUACUUACAUAAAUCCCCUGUCCCCGCCUGCUAGGAUUUUCUUAUUAGUAAUGUGGCACCUCUGACACAGUAAUUACUAAGUGUUUUUUUUUGUUUUUUUUUUUGUUUAAAUUGUGGACUUUGAAGGUAGCAGCUAGGUGAACGACUUUCUCUAGGAAAGUACACUGAAGCUAGUACUGUUGUCAUUGAUAAGCUAUAAGUAAGAGAAAUUGAAAUGAAAUGCCUGUUAAAACAUUUUCUUAAAUUCCAUUUACCUAAGAAAAAUAUUUCUAGUACUAAACAUUAUUAUAGCCUCUAUUCCUAAAUUAAUUUAAAAAAUCUACUAUGAUAUAAAGUUUGACAACCAGUAUUAAAACAAAAAUAGCACAUUGUUGCCUCAAUGAAUUUUACCAAUACUGUCUGAUAUUUCUAAAAUGUGAUUAUUAAUCUUACCAACAGUGUGUGUGUUGUUCCACUGCUUGCUCUAGCCACGCACUGAAGGAUAAUCACACUAACUGAUUCAUUCAUGUGUGAAUUCAGCUUUUCAUUAACCAAUAAAGGACUACGUGUUGACUCCUGUGUAGGGCAGUGAUGUGUAAAUUGAUAUUUGUGGUACGAGACUGCUUAUGCAGUGAGUUUUGAAUGGAGCUGCUCAGAAAGCAAAAGGUGAUGAUUGUACUAAUAACAUACAGAAAUAUAAAAUCAUACUCUGCUGAAAGCUUGCUGCUGGGAAGCGGCUUCCAGCUUUCACACUGAAUGUUCAGGAGUUUGUUCAUAAUAGUUUGAACUGAUGAAUCGUGUUCCCUUUCAGUCCAAAAAUUUCUUCUUAUUAUUAUUAUAAAUGUAUUCAUUAUUAUUUAUUAACUUGUGAAUAACUUGCAUAUUUAUCUUUAUAAUUAGCAUCUGGUCUUCAGUGAUUUCUUUUGUAAGGAAACUGAGUUGACUAAACUAUUGAGUUGAAACUUUGAUUUAUUUUCACUUUUCCCUGUGAUACAUCUGCUAACUUCUCACAGGAAUAAUGAAAAUACAGCACUAACCAACAAAUCAGCACCAGAAUGGCUAAACACAUCACAAUUAUUUCAAUGUAAAGAUAUUUAUUUAAUAUUUUUCAGGGUAGACUUUUCCUGUAUCCCAGGGGUGAAUAUAAAAGUUACAGAAGUCCUGUCAUAUGGAAAGAAUAUUGCUGCUUGGGGCUUUGCAACGUGAAGAUAUUUUUUGUCUUUAGCAUUGGUCUGUUCCAGUUUCAUCAUUCAAGCCAUUCUGCCACACUUCAUAGUAGUGAAAUCAGUGCAUGAUUUGUUGAGAAAUUACAAGUAACUUGCACUUUGAAUUAAACUUUGGGGCGAUCUUUUACAAAAUGUUCCCGUGCUGUAACUAAUGUGGCUCAGUUUGUGAUGUUAAUCCUGGCUCAGGUUAGGUUAGUAAUUUAGUACCUUUCAUUUUAAAUGCUGCUUUAUUGUUCAAGGAUGCAAAUGAGGGUUAGGAGUUUAAUUCUAACCAGAGGUGAUUAGUGCACAGGUGUUAAUACGGGUUCCCUAAUAGGUUAUUUGCUUGUAUGCACUUUUAUUUGUUUUUUUUUGUGUCUCUCACAGUACAAGGUUAUGUGUUUUGUACUAAACCUCCUGAUGAUGGCACCAUUUGAAGGAUUUUUCUUUUGUAAAAAUGUAAAGAAUUGCAUGUGAACUGUGCAUGCGGUUUACUGUGUGUAAAAAGUGGUUUUAUGUGUGUGACAUUUGCAAUCUGGUCGUUGCUUCGAAUCACCCAUUACAGCUUUCACACUCCUUUUCUCUGGCAAAACAUGUCUAAUUAAUACUAAGUAGCACUCAAUUCAAAACUGUCAUCACUCCUCAAUUUCUUGAUGUCUAACUGCUGGACCACUUUCUGAGACCCAAAUUACUUACGAUUAUUAGUUAUUAUUGCACCUUUUCAUGCUUAAGGUUGGUUUUCAGAGCCAGCCUCAGCACUGUAGUCUAAAUUUCAGUUGUGUGGAUUUGUACUGUAAUGAUGCUCAUGCUCAAACUUAAUAAAAUUGCUCUACAUUCUUGUA